AACCCCAAUUUCAUGUGGUCAGCAAGUAAGGCUAGAACACCUUGCAACAAAAAAGAAUCUGCAUUCACACCACUUCUCCUCACCUCUGUCAGACCAACAAGAAAUUUCUGCAUUUGGUAGUGAUGGUGAGGGUGAUUCUGGGGAUGAAUGGCUUGUUAUUUGUGAUGGUGAAGAAUGGGGCAGAGACCAGUAUAUCAUGUUCAGGCACAUAGAUACUGAUGUAUAUCUUGGGGUAACAGGACAACAGUAUGGCAGGCCAAUUCAUGGACAGAAUGAAGUGGUAGGCUUGUCUCGCCCAGGUGUCCAAGCAAAGUGGCAGACAAUGGAAGGAGUUUUUAUUAAGUCUACUGAUUUUUCUGAAGAUGUUAGAGUUUUCCAUGAUCCUAGUGAACUCUAACUGUAUACUCCUUAGAUACCUUUAAACCUAAAUUGAUUUGGAAUAGGCAUUUUAAUUUAUCCUUUUAGAAAUACUAGUUAUGGCAGUAUUUUUUUUUUUUUAUGUGUUCCUUUCUGACAAUUAAAGCACUUUUAGUAACCCCCAAAAAGAGGAUUUUUUUCUAGUAAUUACAAAGUCAUUAAGUUUACAUAUUGGUGCACAGGAUUAUGAUUUAUCUAUCAGAUAUGGAAAAUAAAAUGGUACCAUAGGUCACAUAAAAAAUAAAAAUAAACAAGCUGAUAACUAAAAAAAAGGUUCUUUUUUGUCAUAUAUUCUUCAAAAAAGUAAGAUUCUUCCAGCCAAGAAUCAUAAUUGUAACUUAUUGCUUCUCCUAUUGCUAAUUUUUGCUAAAAAUCCCUAGGCUCUUAUUGAGAUCUAAAUAAAAAGCACAGAAAAAUCAAUUAGAUAUAAGCAUUUUAGAAUGUUGAAAUUAUUUUCCUUUUUUGAUCAUUCCCUUUUUUUUUGCCAUAUAUUUGGUUUUAAUUUCACAAUAUACUUAAUGAAUAAAUUUCUGUAUAAUGUUAAAAAUACAUUUUGUAGCAGACUUUAAGAGAAGACUGUUUUACAUUUAUUUAUUUAUGAAGAAAAAGUUUUUUGCACAAGGUCAGUGGAAUGUGUGUGUAGAAAUGCAACAAAUAUGUACAAUAC